AUGAGAGCCACCAUCUCCACCGCCUCCUGCACCGCCCCAUCCGCCGCCCCAUCCGCCGCCUCCUCCGCCGCCUCCUCCGCCGCCUCCUCCGCCGCCUCCUCCGCCGCCUCCUCCGCCGCCUCCUCCGCCGCCUCCUCCGCCGCCUCCUCCGCCGCCUCCUCCGCCGCCUCCUCCGCCGCCUCCUCCGCCGCCUCCUCCGCCGCCUCCUCCGCCGCCUCCUCCGCCGCCUCCUCCGCCUCCUCCGCCUCCUCCACCUCCUCCGCCUCCUCCGCCUCCUCCGCCUCCGCCGCCUCCUCCGCCUCCUCCGCCUCCGCCGCCUCCUCCGCCUCCUCCGCCUCCACCUCCUCCACCUCCACCUCCUCCGCCUCCUCCGCCUCCGCCUCCUCCGCCUCCUCCGCCUCCUCCGCCUCCUCCGCCUCCUCCGCCUCCUCCGCCUCCUCCGCCUCCUCCGCCUCCUCCGCCUCCUUCGCCUCCACCUCCUCCGCCUCCUCCGCCUCCUCCACUUCCUCCGCCUCCUCCACCUCCUCCGCCUCCUCCACCGCCUCCUCCGCCACCUCCGCCUCCUCCGCCACCUCCGCCUCCUCCGCCUCCUCCGCCACCUCCGCCUCCGCUUCCGCCUCCGCCUCCUCCACCGCCUCCGCCUCCUCCACCGCCUCCGCCUCCUCCGCCACCUCCGCCUCCGCCUCCGCAUCCAGCGCCUCCUCCUUCAUCUCCGCAUUCACUGCUUCCCCCUCCGUCUCCUCCUCCUAUACCUCCUUCACCACUGUCUCCUCCUCCUCCUCCAUCUUCACCGCCAUCGCCUUCACCUCCUCCACCUCCACUUCCUCCGCCACCGCCAUCACCGCCACCGCCAUCACCGCCUCCGCAUUCAGCGCCUCCUCCAUCUCCGCAUUCACUGCCUCCUCCUCCGUCUCCUCCUCCGUCUCCUCCUCCGUCUCCUCCUCC